AUGAAUCCACAGUUCGAAAUUAAAGAAGAUGUUGGUGAUAUCGAGUCUUCCAUCCACGAUUCAGCUAAAGAUGACAUUGGGACUGGUGUCACGCCUGUACUGGUAAAGAGCUUUAACCUUUUGAUUUACGGAAUUUCGUCAAAGCUUGAGGCUAACAUCUACGAUAGCGCCACUGUCUCCUUUUUCUACUGCUUCAUUGCCGCAUCACUUGCCGAGCUUGCCUCUGCUAUUCUAGCAUCUGGUGGAGUCUACCACUGGGCUACUAUCACCGCUGGCUCUCGUUAUGGAAGAUUGUGCGGCUGGUUCGCAGGCUGGCUGAAUGGCCUUGCGUGCACAUUCGCCGUAGCAGGGAACUGUUCUAUGACUGGAAGCAUGAUUUUCUAUUCCUACACACUCUAUCACCGAGAUGUCAGACCACAGCGCUGGCAUGUUUUUGUUUGCUAUCUGAUUAUCUCCUGGCUGUGCUGUCUUACGGUGAUGUUCUGCCAACGGGCUCUCCCGCUCAUCAGCAGAAUCGGAUCGUUUUUGAUUGUUGCUGGUUUUGGUAUUACAGUCUUGGUCUGCGCUAUUAUUCCAAGCAGGAAUGGGACUGGAUAUGCAUCAAAUGAGUUUGUUUGGAAAGACUGGAGUAAUGUCACUGGUUACUCGGAUGAAUUCACAUUCCUUGAAGGCAUGCUGAACGGAGCAUUUGCAAUCGACCGUUUAUUUGCUGAUACUACAACUAGUGCAAGACGGAAUAUCCCAAAGGCACUUGCCUGCCAAGUGACCAUUGGCUUCGCAACCGGCUUUUGCUAUUUGAUCUCUAUGUUCUAUGCUGUCACUGAUAUACCUCUUAUUGUGAACGCCAUUUCGAUUUCCCCUCUGGGUGAUAUCUAUUUACAAGCAACCGGCCCCCGAGCAGGUGCCGUUGGACUUCUUACGCUCACGAUCGCACCCAUUUUCUGUGCAACGAUUAGAUGUUAUAUUACCGCAGGAAGGACGUUCUAUGUCCUAGGUCGUGACGACGCAACACCGUUUUCGAAACACAUUGGGGCCAUCAGUCCGAAAUGGCAUAGCCCACUGUAUGCAACUUUGGCAUGCGGCAUGUUUCUGACAUGUAUUGGGGCAAUUUAUGUGGGAUCGUAUACUGCGUUCGAGGCUUUUAUUGGCUCGUUUGUGCUACUCACAACGCUUUCUUACUUCCUCGCUAUAUUCCCACAUUUGAUAACAGGUCGCAAGAACAUCCGCCCUGGUCCAUUUUGGAUGGGGAAAGUUGGCUCUAUUGUCAAUACUGUGGCAUGCAUGUACAUCGCCGCCUCGUUUGUGAUUUACUGCUUCCCUUAUGCCCUACGUCUCCGGAAGAAAUGA